AUGCGGGAAAUCUGCCACAUACAAGCUGGACAGUGCGGCAAUCAAAUCGGUUCUAAAUUCUGGCAAGUGAUAUCUGACGAACACGGCCUCGAUGCAACCGGAACGUAUAAAGGAGAUUCCAAUUUACAGUUGGAAAGGAUCAAUGUCUUCUACACCGAGGCGCUUGGCGGAAAGUACGUGCCCCGAGCGGUCCUCGUGGAUUUGGAACCCGGCAGCAUGGACACGGUGAGGUCGGGUCCUUACGGUCAGUUAUUCCGACCAGAUAACUUCGUUUUCGGACAAUCCGGAGCAGGCAACAACUGGGCGAAGGGCCAUUACGCCGAAGGCGCCGAGUUGAUGGAUUCGGUGUUCGACGUAAUCAGGAAAGAAGUAGAAGAUUGCGAUUGUUUGCAAGGAUUCCAAAUGACCCAUUCGCUGGGAGGCGGUACAGGUGCCGGAAUGGGCACACUUAUAAUAGCAAAAAUCCGUGAAGAGUAUCCGGACCGCAUGAUUUCCACGUACAGCAUUGUCCCAUCACCGAAGGUGUCCGACACCGUCGUGGAACCGUACAACACGACGCUGUCCGUGCACCAGCUGAUGGAGAACACCGACCAGACGUACUGCAUCGACAACGAGGCACUCUACGACAUCUGCUUCCGGACGCUGAAGCUGAACACACCCACGUACGGUGAUCUGAACCACCUGGUGUCGGCGGUCAUGUGUGGCGUGACCACGUGCUUCCGUUUUCCCGGGCAACUGAACACCGACCUCCGGAAGCUGUCCGUCAACAUGGUACCAUUCCCGAGACUGCACUUCUUCAUCACCGGGUUCGCGCCGCUCACAUCCCGCGGCGGCCAGCAGUACCGGGCACUGUCCGUCCCGCAACUGGUACAGCAAAUGUUCGACUCCAAGAACAUGAUGGCCGCGUGCGACCCUCAGAAAGGACGGUACCUGACCGCCGCCAGCAUAUUCCGCGGCCGCAUGUCCAUGAAGGAGGUGGACGAGCAGAUGCUCAACGUGCAGACGAAAAAUUCCAGCCACUUCGUCGAGUGGAUACCGCACAACACCAAGACGGCUGUAUGCGACAUACCACCCAGGGGUCUCAAGAUGUCGGCCACGUUUGUCGGCAACACGACCGCCAUCCAGGAGAUGUUCAAGCGGGUGUCCGUGCAGUUCACCGCCAUGUUCAAGCGCAAGGCUUUCUUGCACUGGUACACGGGAGAGGGCAUGGACGAGAUGGAGUUCAGCGAGGCCGAGACCGACAUGCACGAUCUGGUGGCCGAGUACCAGAUGUACCAGGAGGCCACCGUCGACGCUCCUGCAGGAGACGUAGACGAAGAAUAA